CUCUCUCUCUCUCUCCAGCUACUGCUAUAAAUACUUCAAAGAAACCCCAUUUAUCCAAAUUCAAUUCAAUCCAUCCCCUGCUUUCAAACCCAAAGGCCCUUCUCUGUUCUCCAUAUUCCCUUAUCUCCACCUCACUAAUCAUUUUUAGGGACCAUAUUUCUGACUUUUUUAGCGACGAAAUAUAAAUAGAAACAAGAAAUGGAGUUGAUCAAGGCGCUGCCGGAAGAUUGUCUCUCCUCGAUCCUCUCCUUCACUUCCCCACAUGACGCCUGCCGCUCGUCCAAGGUCUCCCCCGAGUUUCAAUCCGCCGCAGACUCCGACGUUGUCUGGGAGAAGUUCCUCCCUUCCGAUUACCACCGCAUUGUCGCCGACUCCGUUCCGGGCCUUGAAUUCUCCUCCAAGAAGGAGCUCUACCGCAAGCUCUGCGACUCUGUUCUCAUCGACGGCGGCCGAAAGAGGUUGAAGCUGGAGAAAUUGUCCGGGAAGAAAUGUUACGAAUUGUCGGCGAGAGAUCUUUCCAUAACUUGGAGCAGUGAAUCGAUGUACUGGACUUGGACUCCGCUUCCCGAAUCAAGAUUCUCGGAAGUUGCAGUGCUCCGAACAAUGUCGUGGCUCGAGAUCCAAGGCAAGAUCAACACCCAAAUGCUAACUCCCAACACCAAAUACGGAGCCUACCUCGUAAUGAAAAUUUCCGACCGAGCUUUUGGUCUCGAUUUGAUGCCAUCCGAAGUAUCGGUUCAGGUGGGUAACAAAGAAGAAUGCCUAAACACGGCGUACUUACGGCGACGGAAAAACAGUCACGUGGAGUUUAUGGAAACGUUGAUGUAUGGACACCGGACAGAAGCGCUGAAGUCGAUGGUGGCCGGCGGUGGGGGAGAAGGGAAGUUGCCGGCGGAGAGGGAAGACGGUUGGUUCGAAAUUGAGAUUGGGGAAUUCUUUAGCGGGGAAAAGAGCGAGGAAGUGAAGAUGGGCUUGAAGGAAGUGAAGGGCCACCAUCUGAAAGCUGGGCUUAUUGUCCAUGGCAUCGAAAUCAGGCCCAAGCACUAAGAGAAAAUUAUUUCUUUUAUUGUUUUUUGUAUACUUUGUAAUUAGGAAAAACGCUAGGUUCAAAAAAAUUGAUUCUUUUAUUUGAUAUUCAUGAAUGUAAACAAAGGAAACAUAAUUUGAGGUUGAGGAGAUAGUUAUUUAUCAAUGUUUUGGACAAAUAGGUCAACUAUUUAACACUCUA